GGCUCAAAAACCAGGGGGCGUCGUCCGCGAAGGGGCGGGAAUUCCAGACGCGUGGGCUCUCGAGAGCGCGGCGGGGACUUCGGACUUCGCCAUGGCCCGGCGGUGCAAACUGGGGGUUCUCCUGGCGCUCCUGGCCACCCAGCUGGGGUUUUUGGGGCAGUUUCAGCCCACCCGAAGAAGCCUGAGACCGACGGCACGGAGGUCGGUGGAGGCCGAGGCGGAGUUGGAGGAGGCAGAUCUGGAGGAGCUGUCGGACGCGGCGCGGGCCAACGUCGAGAAGCUCAGCUCGGAGAUCAAGGAUCUGAAGGAGAAGAUCGAGGAGAAGCGGGGCGCGCACUCGCGCUUGAAGAUGGAGAUCGACAACUUCCGGCAGCGCACCAAGUCGGAGCUGGCCGCGGCCCGGGGCAAGGCUGCGAUCCCUCUGGUCCAAGAGCUGCUGCCCAUUGCGGACGAGUUCGAAUACGCCAAGAAGAACUUGAACGUCGAGACCGACGGCCAGAAGUCGGUGGUGGAUACCUUCGAGGCGCUCUUUGACAAGAUGCUGCAGAGUUGGAAGAGCCUGGGAAUCGAGAAGAUGGUGAGUGUGGGGGAGGUCUUCAACCCAGAGCUCCACGAGGCGGUGUCUAUGAUGCCCUCCGAGGAGUACAAGGAGGAAGUGGUCGCCAACGAGCUCCGCCCGGGCUGGAUUUUGAAGACGCCAGGCUCCGAGGAGCAGCAGGUUCUGAGAGCCGCUUUGGUGGUCGUCAGUGCAGGGCCUGGCCCCUCGUAAAUGGCCGUGACUGGGCCGCUCCCUAGGACGUCGGCCACGUUUCCUUGGCUCACUCCCGGAGUUCUUCUCGGACUUUACCCGAAGUUUUUCGGGGUUGCGCAACUUCAUUGGUUCAUGCUUUUCUGCACAUCCACUGAAGUGAGUUGGGAAGAACCUGUAGGUGCCUGAAUGACUCAGAGACCAAGGUACAGCCCUUUCCGGCUCGUCGAAAGGUCAAAAUGAAGGUCAAAAA